AUGGUCGCAGAGAAGAAAGAUGCUGUGACUGCUUCAAAAGGGGAUUCUAACCGGAAAAGCGUGAAGAUUGAAGAAUGCCCUACAUAUAGCCAUUCAUCAGGAUCGUCUGUCAACGAAAUGGUUAACCAAAACGGCGGUGACUCAGAAGACUCUGUUUCACCAAGAGCUGCAGGAUGUCGCACGAGAAGAAGAACAAUGAGUGGAGGAAGAGCCGAACAUCAUCUUCUUACCACGAAAACUGGAAAGAAAAUAUAUACUAAAGGACGCCCUCCAUGGUAUGACAAAAAAGGAAAGUCUCUAAAACAUCCUUUCGUUAUUGGAGUUUGUGGUGGUUCAGCCAGUGGGAAAACUACUGUAGCCGAGAAAAUUGUUGAACGUCUAGGAAUACCAUGGGUUACAAUUCUGUCGAUGGAUAGUUUCUACAAAGUUCUUACACCUGAGGAAAUUAAAGAGGCUCAUGAAUCAAAAUACAACUUCGAUGAACCGAAAGCUUUCGACUUCGAUUUGCUCUACGAAAUCCUGAAAAGGCUCCGUGAGGGCAAGAGCGUCGAUGUUCCAGUAUACGACUUCAACACUCAUUCCAGAGAUCCGAAUUCGAAGAUGAUGUACGGGGCAGAUGUUUUGAUCUUCGAAGGGAUUUUGGCGUUCCAUGAUGAACGUAUCAAAAAUUUGAUGGACAUGAAAGUUUUUGUCGACACCGAUGGAGAUCUUCGUCUUGCUCGUCGUAUCGUACGCGACGUCACAGAUCGUGGACGUGACAUUGAUGGUAUCAUGGAGCAAUACUUUACAUUUGUGAAACCGGCGUUUGACAAGUACAUUGCUCCAUGCAUGGAUUACGCGGAUCUCAUAGUACCACGUGGUGGUGAGAAUGACGUUGCGAUCGAUAUGAUUGUUCAAAACGUGAUGGCACAACUUGUGGAGCGUGGUUAUGAUAGAAACCAAAACAAUCGUGAUCGUCAUGACCUUGUUCGGGAUGACUUGCCUGAUUGUUUACCAGAGAAUUUGUUUAUUUUGAAGGAGACUCCACAAGUGAAAGGUCUUGUCACAUUUGUUCGUGACAAAGAUACAAGCAGAGACAAUCAUAUCUUUUAUUCUGAUAGAUUGAUGCGAAUUCUCAUCGAAGAAUGUAUGAACCAUAUGCCAUACAAAGACGUUGAGAUUGAAAUGGCUGGAGGGAGAAAGACUCUCGGAAAACGAAAAGAUGCAAUGAUAUGCGGAUUGCCAAUCAUGCGUGCUGGUGAAUGUAUGGAAACUGCACUACGUUCAAUCGUCAAGGACUGUGUCAUCGGAAAGAUUCUGAUUCAGACAAACGAAACUACUUUCGAUCCAGAGCUUCAUUACAUUCGUUUACCACCACACAUCACUCGGUAUAAAGUUAUCAUCAUGGAUGCCACAGUGACUACCGGAAGUGCUGCAAUGAUGGCCAUCCGAGUUCUUCUUGACCAUGAUGUUAAGGAAGAAGACAUAUUUGUUGCGUCUCUUCUCAUGGGGCAACAAGGUGCUCACGCUCUUGCUUAUGCCUUCCCGAAGGUCAAAUUGAUUACCACAGCAAUGGAUCAUCAAAUGACUGAAAACUGUUAUUUGAUUCCCGGGAUGGGUAAUUUCGGUGAUCGCUAUUAUGGUACCGGAAUCGACCAAGAUCUGGACGAACCUUUCGAUGUUUGA